UGAGCGUGCAGCUGCUGUCAGCUCUUCAUAUUGAGAACAGUUAGCUUGGCUCUUAGCGAACACUCUCCACAGAGGCGGCUACAUAUCCAGGUGCCUCUCGGGAUCUCGGGUUGUUUCUACGAUCAAGGGACUGAAGCACUCUGGAGAGUUACGUUUUCUGUCACAACGAAAAGACGACCAGACGGCAGAGAUCGGGGCUAGCCAGCGGCUAAUGUUAGCUCGCCAGCGCAAUGAAAUCAUGAAUGAGAUCCUGUUUCCGGCAGGCCCACAGGUGUGUCCCAGAUGAUGUAAGGCACUUCUGCAUGUAGACGCCCAAGAUGACUGAAGUCCAGGCCACAGUGGAGUUUUCUGUGGAGCUCCACAAGUUCUACAAUGUGGACCUGUUCCAAAGAGGGUUCUACCAGAUGCGUGCCAGUCUGAAGGUGCCACCACGUGUCCCACACAAAGUCGAGACCAGUCUGCUUCACCCAGGAGGCUCCGAUCUGGCUUUUCCUGCUUCAGUCCAAGAUGAUGUCAUUUGCAGCAAAACUUUCCAAAUCCUGUACAAGAAUGAAGAGGUUGUGGUCAACGAUGUCCUUCUCUUCAAAGUCAUGAUGCUGCUGGAUGAGAAAAAGGUGGAGGAGUCCCUUAACGACAUGGAUUUCCAGCUCUUCUUGGAUUUAUAUUUCACAGAUGGUGAUUACACGCCAGAUGACCCCAGCUCUCUUCAGAAUAUCAGCGGGCGCGCGCUUCGAUUGCACUUUAGCCUUCAGCGAGGCAUCCACCAACACGUCAAUGUCAUGUUUGACUACUUCCACCUGUCUGUCAUCUCUGUAGCCAUCCAUGCGUCCCUAGUGGCACUACAUCAGCCCCUUAUCAGUUUCCCUCGACCGGUGAAAACCACAUGGCUUAACCGCAACGCCCCAGCUCAGAGCAAGGACUCUGUCAUCCCUCCUCUGGAAAAUGUGGUUUUUGGCAGCAGUUAUGUCAAGCAAGUAUCACCAGAUGGCAGAACAUUCCUGGUUUCCGACCCCUGUCUGCAGCACGCCUUCAGUUUGCACCACACACUUUGUUCCAAUCUUCUCACAGCCUACCAGGGACUCUUUGGGUACUUCACCUCCAUCACCAAGGACCUGCCCGCCUCGCAUCAUAUGGAGCUAGCCAAGCCCAGCAUGCAAGUCCUAUAUGAGAGAGUACUCAGAAGACCCUAUCCCCGAAGUCAGAGGCACGUCUACAUAGAGCAACUUGACUUGGAGGCUCGUCUGUCUGAGCUGUGUGAACAGGUUAAGCAGAAGGCCGAGUCCCCUGACGAGCUGGCCGAACUCGUAAACAUGAACCUGGCUCAGCUUUGCUCUCUGCUCAUGGCUCUCUGGGGACAGUUCCUGGAGGUUGUGUCCCUGCAGGAGCAUGUUGCUGCCCGACUUGCAAUGGAGCACCAUACACUCCGAGUGAGACGGUUUGCCGAGGCCUUCUUCUGCCUCGAGCACCCACGGCAGUCGGCACUGGCUUAUCAGGAGUUGCAUGCUCAUAGCCAUCAACAAAUGACUAAUGCCAUCAAGAGCUCCACCUACUUCUUGUCUCUGCCUCCACUUCCAGUGGAGUGUGCGGAUCUAGAUGGUGACGUUAGCUCUUUGCCGAUCAUCUUUGAGGAUCGAUAUCUGGAUUCUAUCACUGAAGAUCGUGACGGACCAUGGCUGGGCAUGCACAACACAAGGACCGGCUCAGUUAACAGUAAAACAGACAAGCCCAGUGCCAAAGACUGCAGUGCAGCGGCCAGCCCCAUUCCUGAGUCAAGAUGUGGCCCCAUGGAUAACCCCUGGCCAGACAGCUACGAUCCACCGCCUAAAUCUAAAGGAAAGUCCGUCAAAUUGAAGAAAAACUCAAAGACUGAAAACUCCAAGAAGUUGAUCAGACAGGGGUCUAAGGACUCGGUGGUGUUGGUGGGCUAUAAGAACCUCAAGGCUCCUUACAGCAACAGCAGUGCGAAGUACAAGGAAGAGGAAGCCCCCCUCAACCAAGACGGAGAACGAGAUACCUCGCAGCGAGACCCAAGUGGCUAUUUAAGGACUAAUGCCAGUUCUGUUUUUGACUCUGGUGCCACAACAGCACAUUCUGGAACCCGUGCUGAUGAUGCUGUGUCGGACGACAAUAUGACUACUGCUGCUUGUCAGAAACCUCUUUUCAAAAAUCCUCCAACAUUGGACUCGUUAAGUAAUCCUCAGGCGGGCACUGGGGCUGUUGCUUCAUGCAACCAACCAUUUCUUAAAGAUGGACAAACAGACCAGAGUGGCCAAAAGCUUUCACAAUGGCCUUCCGGGCUAAAGCAGAUUGAGGUGAAACCAAGUUUAAAAGACCCGUACCAAGGUGAUAAAGUAAUGGUCCUUCUACCAUUUGAGCGCGAUCAGCGUCUUAGUAGUAACUUCCCGGGAAUCACCCAGACGAACCUUUGCGACUCACAGCAGCCCCAGUUUGUUGAAUCUGUGUUCGACAGAGCCGGGAGAGAAGCUGCACAGCGCAGCCAGUCCCCUUUAGUCUCAGUCCAGGUGAAGAGUGACUGUAUCCGGCUGCCAGACGGAGGAGCCCCCAGCGCCUCCUCUCGCCUCUCAGACUCGGGCAUUGAGAGCGAACCCAGCUCCUUCACCACUCAGCUUGCUGCAGGACCACAGAUGUAUGGGGGGCUCAGCGUCUUUGAGUCAGGUGUUGCCGCCCCGCAGCCUGACAGGACCCUCCCGGGUGUUGCAACACGACCUCUUCAACAAACUUCAGUGCAAAAGCCAAGCGGGGCAGGAGAGCUUCUGAUCCCAGAAAACACCAGUGUUGUGAGCGGAGUCCAGUCCUCUCUCACCUCUAUCAACUCUUUGCCCUCAGAUGAUGAGGGCGAAGGUUCCUCUCGAGGCUCCAGUGGAGCUGAAGCGCGAGGUAGAAAGUCGAGCAUCUUAGUGCAGGAGCAGAGCGUAGCGUUUGCCGGGGAUAACGCUGCAAGAGCUGAUUUGGCCUCAAACCCUGACUUUGCCGUUAGUGAUUCACAGUGUAAAAAGCCCAUGUCUGACUUGGAAACAAAUACCAAAUUAAUAGGCAUUUCUGAUUUUGGACUGGAGGACACAGCUAGCUCGGGGACGGUGAAGGAAUCUCGGAGUGAACCGCACACAGCCUGCCCCUCCAGCAACUCUGCCACCAGCAGCACUGACCUGGUGAAACGCGGCAUGGUAGAAAACUACUUUGGCUCGUGCUCGAGUACAGACGCGUCGGAGAUCAGCCCCGUGGAAACAUCUGCGAUCACUUUGGGAAUGCAGUCAGGACUACCGGCAGAAGAGGAUGAGGACGAGACGGAGCAUGAGAUGAUCGAGAACGGCUACUACGAGGAGGGGGACGGCUACGCCUUUGUUAACGGCGUCGCUAAUGAUGAGCCAGCCGCCGCCGCUCAAGACGCAACUCUGCUCUUUGAACAGCUCGGUAUUGGAUACCCCCAUGAAAAAAAGGAUUUAUCCAAAGCUCCUGUUUGCGCUAAUCCUGCCUCCAGCGGUGCUAGCCAUGGUUUAGGAAGACCCUCUUUUUCCUCCUCCGCCCCCCUUUCUUCCAGCCUCAAGUGGUAUGAGUGUGCACCCACACCACAGAUGAAAGCGUUUAUCAAGGCCAAGGAAGAAAUGAAGCAGCUGAGGCUCCCUGGUUUCUUGUACAGUGAGGUGCCUGAGCUGGCGUCCACUGUGCCUUAUUUCAGUUUGGAGGAGGACGAAAGCUGCGAGGAAGGAAUUCAUCUCAUAGUGUGUGUCCACGGCCUUGACGGUAACAGCGCAGAUUUAAGACUGGUGAAGACAUACCUGGAGCUUGGACUGCCUGGUGCUCGUAUAGACUUCCUAAUGUCUGAGAGGAAUCAGAAUGACACCUUUGCUGACUUUGAGUCCAUGACAGAUCGACUCCUGGAUGAAAUAAUCCAGUACAUCCAGAUAUACAACCUCACAUUAUCAAAGAUAAGUUUUGUGGGCCAUUCUUUGGGGAAUCUGAUAGUUCGCUCAGUGUUGACCAGACCCAGGUUUAAGUGUUACCUGAGCAGGCUGCACACCUUCCUGUCCCUCUCUGGACCUCACCUGGGUACUCUGUAUAACAGCUCUGCUCUGGUUAACACAGGCCUUUGGUUCAUGCAGAAGUGGAAAAAGUCUGGUUCGCUGCUGCAGUUGACGUGCCGCGAUCACUCUGACCCUCGCCAAACUUUCCUCUACAAGCUCAGCAAGAAAUCUGGUCUGCAGUUUUUCAAAAACGUGGUGCUGGUGGGGUCACUGCAGGAUCGCUACGUCCCCUAUCAUUCUGCUCGAAUAGAGAUGUGCAAAACUGCGUUAAAGGACAAACAAACAGGUCCUGUGUAUGCUGAGAUGAUCGAGAAUCUGCUGCUGCCAGUCCUUCAGAACAAAGACUGUAAUCUUGUGCGAUACGAUGUCAUUCACGCCCUGCCCAACACGGCCAACUCUCUCAUCGGCCGGGCCGCCCACAUCGCCGUCCUGGAUUCAGAGAUCUUCCUGGAGAAGUUCUUCCUCGUUGCGGGCCUCAAGUUCUUUCAGUAGACUUGUGGAGGAACCGGACACUUGGACAGUAGGAAUGUGGCGCUAAUACCUCACAGCACCUAAUGUAUUGUGAUCAUUUUAUCUAGAUGACUCUUGGUUUUUUGGAUAUAUGAAAUUUUCAAGUGCGUCUGAACAAAAUCGGUUUCUUUUCAUGUUUGUAUCGGAAUCAUAUGGGGUAUUGAACGAACCAUUUUUAUUUUUCUACUACCAUUUUUUUAAACAUUGUUUUUUCUUUGUGUGAUUGGGAAUUUGUUUACUGUACACUAUAUUUUCAGUGUUAUUUAUGUUUCUAAUGUUUAUUAUUUUACUCCAAGUCAUCACAUUAAUCCUAGAUACUGAACUGGAAAUGUAGCUGCUACAACAAAUGAAAAGGCUGUUUCGAUGAGCUGAUCCAAGUUAAGUCUGCACAUACUAUCCUCACUGUUGCAAAUGUUUUUCCACCAAUUAAAGAAAAAGAACACUGCAUUGAUUUGCACCACAACUACAUUUUACAAGCUUUUGUACUGAAAAAUGGUCAUUUGUACAAGUUGCUUUUUUAUCAACAAUUUUCCAUCAUUUUUAAAAGCAAAGAUUGCAUUUGAAAUAGGAUUGUUGCUCAAAUUUGUUGCUAAAUCUUUUAUGCUGUCCUUUGCCAUUGCAGCAUUCUGCACAACAUUCACCCAGCCUGGUGUUGGGAGAGUAAAGCUUUGCCGGCAACAUGACAUUUUAUUACAGGGGUUUUAAAAAAUGAUCAUUCAGCAAAAGCACAUGUAGUUGUUUCAUUGAAAGUAUUUGGUUUGAUGAAUAUUUAUGUUUAAAUUGGAAAGUACUGGUUGGAAUUUAGAAUUGUUUCUUGGACCUUUGUUUAUAUAUCAUCAUACUCUACCAUUAAAUAUAAAUAAAAUGAUCAUUGCA